AUGACUUUGCCGACGAUAUCUCUGUUCACAGCUAUGUCCAACAUGAUUGCUGGUGUUAGUGACCGCAUGGAGCGCAAGUUCAAACCGGUGCUUAAGAAACUUCAUGGUCUAAUGUCCACUGACAUUGCUACUCUCUUUCUCUCUUUUUCUCUCUCUCUCUUUCUCUCUCUCUUUCUCUCUCUUUAUUUCCCUUACUUUGUCUUUAUCUCUCUUUCUUUCUUUCUCUCUUUCUCUCUCACUCUCUUUCUCUCUCACUCUUUCUCUUUCCCCCUCUCUUUACCUUUCCCUCUUUCUCUCACUUUCUCUCUUACCCUUUCUCUCCCUUUCUCUAACUGUUUCUUAUUUUCUCUCACCCUUACUCUCUCACUCUCUCUCUCUUUCUCGUUCCCUCUCUUGAUAUCUAAUUGGUUAUUUUAUUAUUUCAUUCGCGAUUUCUUUAUUCAUUUCCUUUUUUUUAUUUACUCUCUUUCCUCGUUUCCUUUUUAUACCACUUUCUCUUUAUCAUUUCUUUCUUUUCUCUCCUUCAUUAUGUUUUAUUUUCAUCAUUGCUUCUUCAUCAAUAUAAUUUCCCGCGAUUGCUAA